CCUAACUGACUGACUGACUGACUGACUGACUGACUAACUGACGAGCAGCAGCAACAAUAGAUAGUCAACAACAACAAGAGUAACAACAACAACAACAAUGGCCAGUGGAAAUAAUGAUACAACGCCGCUUUAUUGCGGCAGUGGCAUGGAUAAUUUUCAUACGAGCUACAAGAAUAUGCAUGGCUAUGUCUCAUUGGUUGUGUGCAUACUGGGAACCAUAGCGAAUACACUCAAUAUUAUAGUGCUGACCAGAAGAGAGAUGCGUUCUCCAACGAAUGCGAUACUCACGGGUCUGGCAGUCGCGGACUUGGCUGUGAUGUUGGAGUACAUACCCUAUACGGUGCACGAUUAUAUACUGACGGACAGUUUGCCGAGGGAGGAUAAGCUGAGUUACAGUUGGGCGUGCUUCAUUAAGUUCCAUUCGAUCUUUGCCCAAGUAUCGCAUACGAUUUCCAUUUGGCUGACAGUCACAUUGGCUGUGUGGCGUUAUAUUGCCGUGGGUUAUCCGCAGAAGAAUCGUGUGUGGUGCGGCAUGAGAACCACAAUAAUAACAAUAACAACGGCGUAUGUGGUGUGUGUGUUGGUGGUGUCACCAUCAAUUUAUCUCAUCUAUGAUAUUACAGAGUGGUUGGAUCAGUUGAAUGUGCAGGGAAAAGUGAUUAAUAGUAUUCCGCUGACACAGUUUGUCAUCGAUUACAGCAACGAACAAAAGUUGGUGGCUGCCUUAAAUGCCACGCCCAGCAACGAGACACAGUGGUUAAAUGUCAGCAACAUCAGCACCACAACAACAACAACAACAACUACAACACCAAUGCCACCCACUUUGGUGGUGCGCAAUGUGACUGUGUAUCGACUUUAUCACAGCGAUUUGGCUUUACACAAUGUCUCCCUGCAGAAUGCCACAUUUCUCAUCUACAGUGUGCUCAUCAAAUUGAUACCCUGUUUUGCACUAACCAUACUCUCGGUACGACUCAUUCUGGCGCUGCUCGAGGCGAAGCGAAGACGCAAGAAAUUGACGAGCAAACCGGCACCGAGCAAUGGCAAUAAAUCUGCCAUCAAUGGCAAGUCGACGGAAAGACCUCGGAAAAACAGCAAAACACUGGAGAAGGAGAAACAAACGGAUCGCACCACUCGCAUGUUGUUGGCGGUGCUGUUGCUCUUCCUCAUCACCGAGUUUCCACAGGGUAUUAUGGGAUUGCUCAACACGGUGCUGGGCGAUGCCUUCCUCAUGCAGUGCUAUUUAAAACUGAGUGAUGUAAUAGACGUAAUGGCUUUGAUUAAUUCGAGCAUCAAUUUCAUACUCUACUGUUCGAUGAGCAAACAAUUUCGCAGCACUUUCACGCUGCUGUUUCGCCCCAAGUUCCUGGACAAGUGGAUGCCGGUGGCACAGGAUGAAGUGGCUGCCACACGAGCGGAUGGAUUGCAGCGUUCAGCUGUGGCAGCUGCACCGGACAAAUGCCACACAGCGUUGCAGAGGCAGCCGCAAGUGGUGACACUUGCUGCCACUACAACCAACACCACCCAAGUGACGAAUCUGUAGCAAAAACCACCAUUGAGUGGUGCCACUGCUGCUGAACGCAACCACAACAGAUUGCGCAGUCGCCUUCUCAGUGUCCUGAGGCGUCGACAAGCGGACAACAGAGCAAAUGUAACUGAAAUGAGGAAUUCAAAGCAGUUCCAGGCAAUUGUUGUGGUUGUGGACAAGGCCAGUGGUGCCAUAGACCAUCAGCUGUGCACUGUUGUGGAUCCAACCACUCAGCCUCAGCCUCAGACUCUGACUCCCAUUGUGACGUGAUGAGUUUCGUAUAGCUUUUAUGUAAGAUAUGAUAAGUACUAUACUCUACUCGUAUUUUUGGUCCAACUGUAACAACAACCACACACAUACACACUUAACGGUUGAUAAAUUAUUUAUUGGUGCACACAAUAAACUAUUGCAUACAUUAGGGCGUUUUGCAUAUUACGUACAUUUGUAAUAAAAAAAAAAAAAACAACGAAAAGCGAUACAGAAAAAA